GCACCCUGGGGGUGCCACUGCACACUGGUUGAAAACCACUGUUCAAGAGAACACAAGGGAGCCUUGGCAUGAUGAAGUUUUUGCAGCUUUUCGGGCGAUUACGAUCAGUCAUCAUUGGGAUGGUCCAUGUGAAAGCGCUGCCAGGAACCCCAAGGAAUACCUUGCCUUUGCCUCAGAUCAUUGAAGAAGCCUGUCAGGAAGCUGAGAUUUACAGGGCUGCAGGAGUUGAUGGCUUGAUUGUAGAAAAUAUGCAUGAUCGGCCGUACACAGUUGGUGUUGGUGCAGAAAUCACUGCAGCCAUGGCAGUCAUUUGUGCCACUGUGAAACAGACGUGCCCCCGUCUCCCAGUGGGUGUUCAGAUCCUAAGUGCUGCAAACCAAGAGGCUGUAGCAGUCGCUCUUGCUGCUGGUCUUGACUUCAUUCGAGCGGAAGGCUUUGUUUUUUCUCACGUGGCAGAUGAAGGGAUUCUGAAUGCCUGUGCUGGCAACUUGCUAAGACACCGGAAGCAAAUUGGAGCAGAACACAUUCAGGUUUUUGCUGACAUUAAGAAGAAACACAGUUCUCACGCUCUGACAGCUGACGUCAGUGUAGCAGAGACGGCUAAGGCUGCUGAAUUCUUUCUGGCUGACGGGGUCAUAUUGACUGGAGCUGCCACUGGACUGGAGGCAGAUCCCAAAGAACUGGAAGAAGUUGGAUGUGCUGUGAAGAUACCAGUGCUGGUUGGAUCUGGAGUGACUCUGGAAAACUUGAAGAACUACUUGGGUGCAAAUGCCUUGAUCGUUGGUUCCUAUUUCAAGAAAGAAAGCUAUUGGGCAAAUAACAUUGACCCGGAUCGUGUGAAGCGGUUUAUGGAUUACAUUGCUGAACUGAGAGAGUGACAUUGUUGGAU